GAGACUCUGGAGCGGGCAUUAUUCUUAUUAUGUUCCACGGUAAGACAGCUAAUUUGGUAAAGCGUACAGCUUGGGGUUUAACCAGGCCAAUAAAGGAGAAAUUUGCGUGUUCUUCCUUCUAAAGAAAAAAUUAUGAGGGGAAUCGAACCGCUGUUGUCUGGCCAAAUUCGAAUUGACCACGGCAUUGAAAGGAAUUGUUUAGUCAAAAAAUAUGGGCUGCAGGGAGUGAGUUAGUUGAGCUUAAAUAUUUGGGGUUUUAAAGUUUUGUCGGAAAGUUCCUGAAUCUUCUGCAAUGUCUACAACGUUUUUAGCUCGAAAAGUGUUGUAAAGGACUUCCAUGAAAAGGAUUUUUUUUUCUUAAUUUAAAGAAAAAUGUUCUCGUAAAGCUUUGCUGUGAAUUGACCUGGAACAAUUCCUGAGAAGAAAUAAUAUUUAUUUUGUUUGUGAGCCUAAUGCUUCACAAGAAAGCCGAGAUAUUCCUGGUCUGAUAGGCUUCUCGCUGGAUGCAGAUUCAUACGGUAUUUAAUGAGGAAUUUGAUUGAGAAGAGGGUAUUUUAAAGUGUUUUUUUCCUUUGUAAAAGUAAUCUUUGAAGAAAUAAUGGCGGAAAAUUGAAAUCUUCUUUAAGCUGUAGUUGAUUACAGAGUGUGAAUUUGCAGAGCAAGGAUAGCCUAGCAUAUCAACAUCCGGCUUACAGUGUUAAUAAUUUUAUCUUUGCUGGUGCGACUUUCAAUUGUGAAGCCUUCUUCCGGGCCUUAAAUUGCAAGGCGUUAAGGAAUAAGGAGGAAUCGAGUUUUUAUUUUGUGAUUCAAUUUCUUUCUGUCAGAGCCUAGUGUGAAGUAAUGGCCAAUUCUGGAGUCAUGAGACACAGGGGUUACAGCCAAUCCUUCAAUAUGAUUCGGCAUGCGGAUGCCUGUCAAGAUUUGUUGUCUAAUAAUUUUUCCAAGAAAUUAUGGCCAUACAAAGAAAAGCUAGCUGAUUUUUUGAGUGAAAUGGACAAAUCAAAAAGUAAAUGUUGUUCACAAAAUUCUGUAUAUGUUGAAGAUAACGGUUGGGUAUCAGUAGCUUUAUCAGUUGUGAAGAUUGUUGUUUGUUUUGUGGCGAUGAUGGCUACUACUUUUGUGUGGGCUGUAAUAAUGAUGGUUCUGCUGCCAUGGCCUUAUGCGCGAAUCAGACAAGGAAAUAUCUAUGGCCACGUUACUGGAAGAAUGCUGAUGUGGAUUUUAGGGAACUCCAUUGAGAUAAGAGGUGCCGAGUACUCAAAUUUGAAAGCCAUUUAUGUGAGCAAUCAUGCAUCGCCUCUUGAUAUCUUUCUUAUCAUGUGGCUUACGCCCACAGGUACUGUGGGGAUUGCCAAGAAAGAGAUUAUAUGGUAUCCUUUGUUUGGGCAGUUGUAUGUGUUAGCAAAUCAUCUUCGCAUCGAUCGUUCUAAUCCAACUGCAGCUAUUGAGUCCAUGAAAAAGGCGGCAAGGACUAUAGUGGAGAAGGACCUGUCUCUGGUCAUCUUUCCUGAGGGCACAAGAUCAAAAACAGGAAGAUUGUUGCCAUUCAAGAAGGGAUUUGUGCAUAUGGCCAUUCAGUCCAGGCGGCCCAUAGUUCCCAUUGUUCUUACCGGUACCCAUCUGGCAUGGAAAAAGAACAGUUUGCACGUUCGACCAGCACCAUUAACCGUCACAUACUUGCCUCCAAUAAGCACAGAGGAUUGGACUACAGACAAAGUUGAUGAAUAUGUGGAAAUGUUGCAUUCACUUUAUGUUGAGCAUCUCCCAGAUUCACAGAAACCUUGCAAUGACCAGGAAUAGCAUCUUGAUGCAAUUACUUUCUCUUGACGAUCUAUAGAAUUCACAUAAACUUCUACAAUGGGCAAGGCUGAAACAUUGGGAAAGGGAAAGAGAUUGAUAAUCUAGAACCUCAGAUACUGCUAACACCCACCCUACAUUAUAAAAAAUGGCUGCCAAGAAAGUUGCAACCAAGUUUGAUAAAUCAAAUUCGUUAACUUCCACACUUUUCUAAGCAUUCAAUGCUCGAAGCCUUAAUUAGGUUUCAGAACACUUCAGCAUAUAAUUUAAAAGCAAUCGGAAAGAAUUCUCAUUUUUAUGAACUGAGAAGUUGAUUAGUUUCUUGGUUGUACUAUCUAUAAUUAAUUUACCUCAAGGCAAAGUGAUAGUUUUGGGAACUCUGACAACGGUUGGGCUUCCCAGACUUUCAGAUGAAGAUGAGUUAACGAGGCUAUCAAUUCUUUUGUGCCUAAGCAUUUUAAAUGAUCUGUAAUGUGAAUCCCAUAAUCAAAGGAUGGAUUAAGGAAUCAUGCAGAGGAUUGUAGAAAAAUUGGUACACCCAUUUUUCAAGGGGACUAGCUAGAAUUGGCUUGGAAUA